GCUCCAGCUGCGCGGCUGGAGCAUCCCCGGCCCCGGGCUGCGUCCCCGCCCGCGCGGAUGCCGGGGGGCGCGGGGGGCGCUCGCAGCCGCUAACGGGGGUCGGAGGGGAGGCAGCAGCACCGCCGCCGCCGCCUCCUCCUCCUCCUGCAGCUCCUGGCCCGCGGCUCGGCGCCCCGGAGGCACGGCGAGGAGGAGCUACGGAGCCCGCAGACGGCGGGGCAGGGCGAGGGGGGCGGCCCGGCCAUGCCGCCCUGGCGCUGAAGCCGCCCCCCACCAUGGCUGCGCCCCGCUAGGCAUCCCCUCCGCGUCGCCCCGGCUCCCCCCGGGGCCACCGGCCGGAGGAUGGACGAGGAUGGACCGCGAGCGGCCGAGGAGGAGCCGGAGCAGGGAAGAGCGAAGACUUUUAUCCGCCUUAACGACCUGUCCGGGGCCGGGGGCCGCCCGGAGCCGGGGGACAGGGAUGCGGGCAGCGGCGGCUCGGAGGCGGAGGCGCUGCCCUACCCGGCUCUGGCCCCCGUCGUCUUCUUCUACCUGAGCCAGGAGAGCCGCCCGCGGAGCUGGUGCCUCCGCCUGGUCUGUAACCCGUGGUUCGAGAGAGUGAGCAUGCUGGUGAUCCUGCUCAACUGCGUGACGCUGGGCAUGUUCCACCCCUGCGAGGACAUCGCCUGUGACUCGCCGCGCUGCAGGAUCCUCCAGAGCUUUGAUGAUUUCAUCUUUGCCUUCUUCGCUGUGGAAAUGAUCGUCAAGAUGAUCGCACUGGGGAUUUUUGGGAAGAAAUGCUAUUUGGGAGACACAUGGAACCGCCUGGACUUCUUCAUUGUCAUCGCAGGGAUGCUGGAGUACUCGCUGGACCUGCAGAACGUCAGCUUCUCGGCCGUCCGCACUGUCCGCGUCCUGCGGCCACUCAGGGCCAUUAACCGGGUCCCCAGUAUGCGCAUCCUAGUGACGCUUCUUUUGGACACGCUGCCCAUGCUGGGGAACGUCCUCCUCCUCUGCUUCUUUGUCUUCUUCAUCUUCGGCAUCGUGGGAGUCCAGCUGUGGGCAGGUUUGCUCAGGAACCGCUGCUUCCUCCCCGAGAACUUCAGCAUCCCCUACACAGUGGAUUUGGAGCGAUACUACCAGACGGAGAAUGAAGAUGAGAACCCCUUCAUCUGCUCCCAGCCCCGGGAGAACGGGAUGCGCUACUGCCGGAGUAUCCCAACGCGGAGGGAGGAGGGUCUCGAGUGCACCUUGGAUUAUUAUUCCUACAAUGACACCACCAACACGUCCUGUGUCAACUGGAACCAGUAUUACACCAACUGCUCUGCUGGGGAGCACAACCCCUUCAAGGGAGCCAUCAACUUCGAUAACAUCGGCUACGCCUGGAUCGCGAUAUUUCAGGUCAUCACGCUGGAAGGCUGGGUGGACAUCAUGUACUUUGUCAUGGAUGCACACUCCUUCUACAACUUCAUCUACUUCAUCCUCCUGAUCAUUGUGGGCUCCUUCUUCAUGAUCAACCUCUGCCUGGUAGUGAUCGCAACGCAGUUCUCGGAGACGAAGCAGCGCGAGAGCCAGCUGAUGAAGGAGCAGCGGGUGCGCUACCUGUCCAACGCCAGCACCCUCGCCAGCUUUUCGGAACCGGGCAGCUGCUACGACGAACUCCUCAAGUACCUGGUUUACAUCGCCCGGAAAGGCAGCAAGCAGCUCGUCGCGGUUUACCGGGUGGCAGGUGCGAGGAUGGGCUUUCUCCCCAGCCCCACGAGCAAGGCAGGGGCUGACCGGCAUACCAGGAAGCGCCGGAGCAGGAAGAGGUCCUCUGUGCACCACCUCAUCCACCACCAUCACCACCACCACCACCACUACCACGUGGGCAACGGGAACCUGCGAGCGCCUCGUGCCAGCCCAGAGAUCAGCGACGUGGAGACCAGUUCGCUCCACAACGGGACCAACCGGCUGAUGCUGCCCCCCUCGGCAUCAAACCCUCACGGGACCCCCAGCGCCUCUCCCAGCAACACCGAGUCCGUCCACAGCAUCUACCACGCUGACUGCCACUUCGAGCCGGUGCGCUGCCGGUCAUCCCUUCCGCAGCCGGGCCUUGGCUUGCCGAGCCCAGAGGGGAUCCCCAAGAACAUUGUGGGCAGCAAGGUGUACCCUACGGUGCACCCCAGUACCUCCCAUGAGAUUCUGAAGGAGAAGAGCCUGGGGGAGGCGGCGGUCGGGGCCGGGAGCAGCACCUUGACGAGCCUCAACAUCCCGCCCGGGCCGUACAGCACCAUGCACAAGCUGCUGGAGACGCAGAGCACGGGGUUCUUUUCAGUCCACGUUACGGAGAAAAGCGAUGGCUUUCCAGGUCCCUGCCAAAGCUCCUGCAAGAUCUCCAGCCCCUGCACGAAGCUGGACGGCGGCUCCUGCAACCCUGAGAGUUGCCCUUACUGCCUCAAGGUGCUGGCGGGCGAGGGCGAGCUGACAGACAACGAGACGGCCGACUCGGACAGCGAGGGGGUCUAUGAGUUCACGCAGGAUGCCCACUACAGCGACCAGCGGGACCCGCAGCGUGGCAGAGCCCGCGCCAGGAAAGCGAGCCGGGUGCUGGCCUUCUGGCAUGUGGUGUGCGAGACCUUCCGGAAGAUUGUGGACAGCAAAUAUUUUGGCCGUGGAAUCAUGGUGGCCAUUCUCAUCAACACCCUCAGCAUGGGGAUCGAGUACCACGAGCAGCCGGAGGAGCUUACCAACGCCCUGGAGAUCAGCAACAUCGUCUUCACAAGCCUCUUUGCCCUGGAGAUGCUGUUGAAAGUCCUCGUUUAUGGUCCUUUUGGCUACAUUAAGAAUCCAUACAACAUCUUUGAUGGGAUCAUCGUGGUGAUUAGCGUGUGGGAGAUAGUGGGCCAGCAAGGUGGAGGGCUCUCAGUCCUGCGGACCUUUCGGCUCAUGCGAGUUUUGAAGCUGGUUCGCUUCAUGCCAGCCCUCCAGCGCCAGCUUGUAGUCCUCAUGAAGACCAUGGACAAUGUGGCCACGUUCUGCAUGUUGCUAAUGCUCUUCAUCUUCAUCUUUAGCAUCCUGGGGAUGCACCUCUUUGGCUGUAAGUUUGCUUCGGAGCGAGAUGGCGACACGCUGCCCGACAGGAAGAACUUCGACUCCUUGCUCUGGGCCAUCGUCACUGUGUUCCAGAUUUUGACCCAGGAAGACUGGAACAAGGUCCUUUACAACGGCAUGGCAUCGACCUCCUCCUGGGCUGCUCUCUACUUCAUCGCUCUCAUGACAUUUGGGAAUUACGUUCUCUUUAACCUGCUGGUGGCCAUCCUGGUAGAGGGUUUCCAGACAGAGGAGAUGUCCAAGCGAGAAGACGCGAGUGGGCAGUUAAGCUGUAUUCAGCUGCCUGUCGGCUCCUCGGGGAAAGGCAAACUGGGAGUGCAAGAACAGGGUGAUGCUUCCAAGUCCGACUCUGAGGGGGAUCUCUUCCCCCGCAGCCUGGAAGAGGAGGGGGUGCUUAAGAAGAACUUGUCGACCCCAGCCUUGAUGGCCCUGAGCGACCACCCGGAGCUGAAGAAGAGCCUGACCCCACCGCUCAUCAUACACACCGCUGCCACGCCGAUGCCCAUGCCCAAGAGCGCUGUGUUUGGAGAUGCAGCACAAGGCUUCGAGUCCCGCCGGGCCAGUGGCAUCUCCAUGGAUCCUGGUGCCUAUGAGCUCAAGUCCCCGCCCAGCACCCGCAGCUCCCCGCACAGCCCCUGGAGCGCCAGCGGUGGCUGGAACAGCCGCCGCUCCAGCUGGAACAGCAUCGGCCGCGCGCCCAGCCUCAAGCGUCGGGAGCAGAGCGGCGAGCGCAGGUCCCUCCUCUCUGGAGAAGGGAAGGAGAGCUCAGAGGAAGGAGACAGCUCCGACGAGGAGCAUUCCAGCCGGGCUGGUAGCUUCAACAGCUCUUUGCCUCAUCGUAUGGAGUCACUGGAAACAAAAGGCUCCUUCGACCUCCAGGAUACCCUGCAGGUGCCUUCCCUGUACCGGACCAGCAGCAUGCACAGCAGCCGGACCUCCACCUCCGAGCACCAGGACUGCAACGGGAAGACCUCUCCAGGUCUGCUGCUGCACCAGCUCCACCUGGAUGACCCCCAACCAGACUGCGAUGAUGGUGAUGAUGAAGGCAACAUGAACAAAAGGGACCGCAUGAAGGCGUGGGUACGGGCACGUCUCCCUGCCUGCUGCAAAGAGAGAGACUCCUGGUCCAUCUACAUCUUUGCUCCUCACUCAAGAUUCCGUCUGAUGUGCAAUAAAAUCAUCACACACAAGAUGUUUGAUCAUAUCGUCUUGGUGAUCAUUUUCCUGAACUGCAUUACCAUUGCCAUGGAACGACCCAAAAUCGAGCCUCACAGUGCUGAACGGAUUUUCCUAACGCUCUCCAACUACAUCUUUACAGUUAUCUUCCUGACAGAGAUGACAGUUAAGGUGGUGGCACUAGGCUUGUGUUUUGGGGAGAAAGCCUACUUGAAAAGCAGCUGGAACGUGUUGGAUGGGGUUCUGGUUCUCAUCUCCGUCAUCGACAUCCUGGUCUCGAUGGUGUCAGACAGCGGCACGAAAAUCCUGGGGAUGCUAAGAGUUCUGAGACUGCUGAGGACGCUGCGGCCCUUAAGAGUCAUUAGCCGAGCCCAAGGGCUGAAGCUGGUGGUGGAGACUCUCAUGUCAUCCCUGAAGCCCAUUGGAAACAUUGUGGUCAUCUGCUGUGCCUUUUUCAUAAUCUUUGGGAUCCUGGGAGUUCAGCUUUUCAAAGGGAAGUUUUUUGUCUGCCAGGGGGAGGAUACCAGAAACAUCACAAAUAAAUCGGAUUGUGCAGAAGCGAGCUACAAAUGGGUCCGGCACAAGUAUAAUUUUGAUAAUCUCGGCCAGGCCCUGAUGUCUCUCUUUGUUCUGGCCUCCAAGGACGGGUGGGUGGAUAUCAUGUACGAUGGCUUAGAUGCUGUGGGAGUUGACCAGCAGCCAGUUAUGAACUACAACCCAUGGAUGCUCCUCUACUUCAUCUCCUUCCUGCUGAUCGUGGCCUUCUUCGUCCUCAACAUGUUCGUGGGGGUGGUGGUGGAGAAUUUCCACAAGUGUCGACAGCACCAGGAGGAGGAAGAAGCCAAGAGGCGGGAGGAGAAGAGGCUCCGCCGGCUGGAGAAAAAGAGAAGGAGUAAGGAGAAACAGAUGGCUGAUCUAAUGCUGGAUGAUGUUUUAAUGGAGAGCUCAGCCAGUGCGGUGCAAGAAGCACAGUGUAAGCCCUACUAUUCGGAUUACUCCCGCUUCCGCCUCCUGAUCCACCAGAUGUGCACCAGCCACUACCUGGAUCUGUUCAUCACCGGAGUGAUCAGCCUCAACGUGAUCACCAUGGCCAUGGAGCACUACCAGCAGCCCAAGGUUCUUGAUGAAGCCCUGAAGAUCUGCAAUUACAUCUUCACCGUUAUCUUUGUCCUGGAGUCUGUUUUCAAGCUUAUUGCCUUUGGGUUUCGUCGCUUCUUCCAAGACAGAUGGAACCAAUUAGAUCUGGCAAUCGUGCUGCUGUCUAUCAUGGGCAUCACUUUGGAAGAGAUCGAGGUGAACGCUUCGCUACCAAUUAACCCCACUAUUAUCCGAAUCAUGAGGGUUCUCAGGAUUGCUCGAGUGCUGAAGUUGCUGAAGAUGGCUGUAGGGAUGAGAGCCCUGUUGGACACCGUGAUGCAAGCGCUGCCGCAGGUGGGGAAUCUGGGUCUUCUCUUCAUGUUGUUGUUUUUCAUAUUUGCAGCUCUUGGAGUGGAGCUGUUUGGAGACCUCGAGUGUGACGACACGCACCCCUGCGAGGGGCUGGGACGGCACGCCACCUUCAGAAACUUUGGGAUGGCCUUUCUGACUCUCUUCCGAGUAUCCACAGGAGACAACUGGAAUGGGAUAAUGAAGGACACGCUGCGAGACUGUGACCAGGAGUCCACCUGCUACAACACCGUCAUUUCACCUAUCUACUUCGUCUCCUUCGUGCUGACAGCCCAGUUUGUCCUUGUGAACGUGGUGAUUGCCGUGCUCAUGAAGCACUUGGAGGAGAGCAACAAGGAGGCUAAGGAGGAGGCAGAGCUCGAAGCAGAACUGGAGAUGGAAAUGAAGACAAUCACUCCUGGCCAACAAGGCCCCUCGGACAUCUUUGCGUGGACAGGCAGCCCUGGUGGAGAGAGGCCCGAGAGCCCCCGAGGAUGUACCAACCCCAUGCAAAUCAAGGUGGAUUCUCAGCUCUCAUUAGUUUACCCUAUGGAAAGGCACUUGUUUGAUACCAUAUCCAUGCUGAUCCAGGAAUCUCUGGAAGGAGAGCUGAAGCUGAUGGACAACCUGUCAGGCUCUGUGUGCCAUCAUUAUGCCCUCCCAGCUCCCGAAUAUUACAACUCUGAGAACCAGAUCCCUCUAGCUGAGAUGGAGGCUCUGUCUCUGACGUCAGAUAUUCUCUCUGAAAAGUCCUGGUCCUUAGCUCUGACGGAUGACUCUUUUCCUGAUGAUACUAACACACACUUACUUAAUGCUCUGGAAAGCAAUGCUGAUCUCCGCUCCAAUGACGACGUGCUGAGCCUGUCUCCCAGCAAGGACUUGCUGAGCGUGAGGAAGCCUUCGGUGGGGCGCACCCACUCUUUGCCAAACGACAGCUACAUGUUCCAGCCGCCGUACUCCAGUCCCUGCCCUGCCUCCCUGGGCGAGAGGAACCCGGCACAUCACAAAUCCCAGUCAGGUUCAAAGGCAUCAGUGCAGUCGCAGCCGGCAGACACCAGCUCCCUCCUGCAGAUUCCAAAAGACCAUUUUCACCACCUAAGAGCUCGCGAGCAUUUGGGGAGGGCGUGCAAGCCUCAGGUUUCCCAGCAGGCGCAUUCUCCUUCCGCCGAAAGGCUGCUCCGCAGGCAGAUGGCUAUAAGGAACGACUCUUUGGAUAGCAAGGAGGAUCUCCACACCGAGGUGAGUGAACUCUCUGACCCCAAUGUCCCCGCUGUGCCCAAAGAGGAGUCAUCAGUGGCUCUGACGCCCUCAGAAGCGCGAGAGUUGGCUGCAUGGAGCCGGGCGAGUGUUCAUACGCAGCAGCUUUCCCACAAUCAGUAUAAUAUUUCAAAGCAGGCACCAGCAUCGUGUGCUUGCGCAGGCUCCUUUGAGGAGGCACCUGGAGAUUCCAUGGACCAAGAAGUAUCCGAGAUAAACAGCUCCUCGGAGCCUCUCACUUCAGAAACUUGUACAGCCUCGAGUGCCUGUUCGGAGGCUCAGCCUCUCACUCCUAAGAGGAACAUAGGCAAUACCGGCAACGUUACAUUGAAGGACCUAAAGAAAUACCACAGUGUAGACACCCAGGGUCUUCUAAAAAAACCUCCCUCGUGGUUGGAUGAUCAAAGGAGACAUUCCAUAGAGAUUUGUUCCAUGGAAAACAGCCCUCAGCACCAUUCCACAUCUAGCUCUUCUGGCUUCAUAAGUCAGGUGGUAAGUGAAAUGGAAGGCUUGCAAGGAACGCGGCAGAAGAAAAAACUGAGCCCUCCGUGUAUAUCCAUAGAUCCACCCGACGGACAGAGUUUACUGCCCAGAGGACCUCACAGCAUCUCGCCCGCCGGUGGAGACAUCUGCUUGAGACGGCGUGCUCCGUCUUGUGAGUCCAAGGAUUCGAUGGAUAUAGGGGAUUCAUUGCUUCCAGACAGUAUGUCAACAUCUCCUACCCCAAAGAAAGACUUGUUGACACUUCCUAGCUUUUCCUUUGAUCAAACAGAAACGGACCCCUGAGUUACUUUUCUGUUGGUGCCAAAUGUUUUCUUCCUUUCAUGUAAGAGAAAAAACAAAUUAAAAAAAACUCUGUAUUCCAAAACGGCACUGGGUAAAAAAUUUCCAAAGAAAGAUUAAAGAACCAGCUGGUUAAAAGAGUGGUUAACCUAUAUCACGCUUACUUAAGCAUAUGUUCUGCUUAGGUAAAAGCAAUACAAUGUGCAGAAUCUAUAUGUAUAUUAUAUUUUAUUAAAUUAAUUGACUCUAGUAUUGCGGGAUGUAGUACAUUUUGUGACUAAAGAUGCGUUUAAUUUUCUUCUAUUUUAUGUAUCUCAGAAUAUUUCUGAGAUAAAGUUGGUUUUUAUGAAUAUUUUAACCUAAAAAAAAUAUAUAUUUAAUCCCUUCUCUUUUUUUGUUUUGUUUUGUUCCGGUUUCAUUUUGUUUCGCAAAGCACAAAAUGUAGCCAAUUAGUGCAUUACAGAGGAACUGUAUCCCACAGUCAGCAGUAAAUACAGAUUAUUUAAUGUAAUUUAUUUUUCCCCUUGGACUUCAAUGAUAUUUUGAGGAAAAAAGAAGAUUGUUUGGGUAGUAUAGAAAUGCAGUGGCAGUGUUUUAACAGAACAAUAUUCCAACCGUGCAUAAAAUCAACAUCCAGCGUAGAAGCAGGUGCACAAAGCCAGGAGGGCACAACGUGCUGGUAGACUCCUGGAGAUGGUGAAUGAAGAACCCCUCAAGCAUACACAGCACUGAAUCAUGAAAGGAUGGUACAGAUCACCCACUGGUGACCCACAAAGUCACAUCAGUGGAUAAUUUUCAUACAUGCCUCCCCUGAUCCAUGGCAGGAGGGUUGGAACUGGAUGGUCUUUAAAGUCCUUUCCAACUCAAACCAUUCUGUGAUUCUAUGCUUGGGAAACUGAGGCAAGAAAAACUUGUGGUCACUUCUGAGAUGUGUUUUUCCAAUGUCUCUUGCUGAGGGUUGCCCCUCUAAGCUCAUGGUUUGUGGAACUUCUUUCUGCGCCGGGCAGAAAGGAGAGCAAGGCUGUGGUUUAUAGUUGCAGCAGGUGAAUCGGGUGCAGACACAGCGCAGCAGUGGGCGUAAGCGUGUGUUUAUAAAGUUAAGCUCUGGCUUAAACUGCCUUAAGGUUGAUCGUAUUGAAGUAAUUCUUGAAGAUGAAGAUCAUACGGUUAUCCUUCAGGAAGGGCAGGGAUAGGACAAUAGGAACGGUUUUCAGCUGGAAGAGGGGAGAUUGAGAAGAGAUUUUUGGAAUAAAUGUUUUGCUGUGAGGGUGGGGAGGCCCUGGCCCAGGGUGCCCAGAGCAGAGGUGGUGCCCCAUCCCUGGAGGGGUUCCAGGCCAGGUUGGAUGGGGCUCGGAGCCCCUGAUCCUGUGGGAGGUGUCCCGGGUUGGCACUGGAUGGGCUUUGAGGCCCCUUCCAACCCAUUCAUUCUAUGUGAAUCAAGGCCCACUGCAAGUUAUUUCACAGAAUAGAUGUAAGAAUGUCUGUAGGUGCUGAAAUGGCCAUUGGUUUUCAGUUUACAGAGGUGGGGUUUUGCUGUCACUGCUGGAGUUAAUUUAUAUGACCCUGGCUGUAAUUUUAUUUCCAAUCUGUCAGAAGCCUUAAGCAGCAACAUCGUGGUACAAAGUAGAUAAAAAUGGAAUUCAUGUCCUUAUAUAAUGUCCUUAACGUCAUCAUCUCAGAAAUUAAUUAUUUCUGUGCUAACACCCUUUGCAUAAAGCCGCUGGUAAAGCUGGACCCUUCGCCUGAAAGCCACAAGAGGCUGGUCCGGCCCCACACCUCCCGCUCUUCCCAAGGCUGAUGGAAACCAGACACGAGCUUCCCUCAGCUCCUGUGGAAUCACAUGAAGAUGUAGGCCAAGACAGACUCUGCAGGCGUGGUUUGAAGCGUGUGAAUAGCAGAGGUUUAGAACUGCUCAGGUUUAAAUAGCGCAGGUUUAAAACUCAAUAAGGCUUUGCUGGCUCGAGUCUUUAAACCAGCGCAGGCGAGAGGAGGAUUUGUGCUAAUUCUGUCAGGCAGGAGUUUGUAACUUUCUGAGAACUACUGAUCUUUCCAAAUCACUACAACAUGUUGAUGUACAGCCUUUUAUCCAUGCAGAGAUUAGGCUGUUACAACUACAUGUGUCUGCAUUAGCUUCAAGGAGACGUACAAGAAGAUGCUGUUUAUACCUAAGAGCCCAAGUGAGGUCUUAAGCUCCUUUAUUUUUACUUGAGGACGUUUACUCCAUAAACAAUUCCUAUUGAUUUUACAUGUCCUGGAGAAAUGUAAAGGCUUUCAGCGGGAAGUCAGGCAAUCAGUGGAGUUGAAGCAGGAGGAUUAACAUUCUGCACUAUGUACUGCAGUUCCAUUAGUUCUUGGCUGGGACAUUUUUCCCCCCCUUCCUCAACGCGGGGCCACACGGAGCCCGCUCUCUUUGAUAUGCCACGCCAAAUCCGGAGCUGAGCCUGGUUAAAGCAGUGAUUUCAAACAAACCUUUCAUCAGUUUCUCCCCAAGAUCAUAUUUAAGGAAAUAAUAAAAUUACAGUGUAUUAAGCCUCAGAAAUAUUUGUAAUCCCUUGUUGGUUUUACACUCGUAAUGAGCCUUAGCUUUGCCUUUCACACAGCCUAAAUAAUUUGGGAAAAUAGCCCGGCAACUAAAAUUGCCAACCCAUGUUCCUUAAUGAUGAGGAGCUUGUUUGUUUAGCUGGAAUGAUACUACUCAUACAGUUCCUUCUGUACCGAAAAAAACAUGCAACAUUUCAGCUUGAAACCGCGGCACAACAAGCUGAUGUGGAUCCAAUGCUCAACUCCCGAUGCUGAAAGCCUGAAGGCUCUUCUAGUUUCAAUACUUGGGGUUUUGCCCACUGAUAAGGUUUGUGGAAGUGGCAAAAAGUUUACAUCACACAUGAAUAUUCAGUAAGGACUCAUCGAUGAAAAAGUACACUAUGGUGAUGCAUUCAGGAAGAGAAAUCCAUGUAAAAUAGUUUGUUUUCUAGACUGGCUGAGUUUUUUCUAGAUGCCCUUUUGUCAAACAAAUACAGAUGUUCUGCAGCGUGUGCAAUAAUCUUCAGCUGAUUUUAAAUACCAUGUGGGGGGGGUUUUAUAGAAUUUGACUUUUUUUAAGCAAAAUGUACAAAAAUCCACAGAAAUUCUGUAGAAUGGUUAUGUUGAUAGAAUUUUUUAUAUUUUUGUAGCAAUCUAUAGAGAAAUUGUUAAAAACUCUGCGUAGCCUCUUGGGAACAGAAGCAGCUCUUCUCUACCGGUUCCUUUUCCUAAACCUGGCGCCAGCCCUGCUGCGUUACAACCCGUAGAGCCUAGUUUCAGCGCCUGCAUCCAGGUCGCGUUUAGAUUUAAGCAGCUAAGCUCGAGUUCUACGAUAUCGCAGUGCUAUUAUUGAUCGAGAGCUGUACCCACCUGAAAUAUCUACCCCCAAGCCCCAGCCCCUCUCGAUGCUGACGUAGUCGCAUGGCUCUCCAGUACACUCAAGCACACCAGCACUUUACUACUGCGAAUUUACUGUAUCCAGGUGGAUAUUCUGCUCUUGCCAGUUUGACACAUGGGGGGAAAAAAAGAGAUUGCAGAUGUGUCUGGAAAAAUGUAAAUUCCAUUCCAACCCCUUGCACGCAGGACUGACAUUUCCUAGCGCGGUUACAGGCUGUUUAUAAUGUAGAUAUUUUGGAGGAAGGCAAAGAAAACACUGUUUUUGACUUGUGUGGAUUGCACUCAGCACAAGGUGUGUUCAAGGUGAAGAAAAGGAAAAAUAAAAGCGUUACCGUUGUAAAUUAGGCAAUGCCCCAGUCUGCCCUUUUCUGCCCCUCGGCUCUAAUAACCCAUGUACACUAUACACAAGGUGACUAGAGUAGGCACAGUACCAUUGCAACGUCCGUAACGACCUAGUAUAUAUUAUAGAACUUUGUAUUUAAUAGGUAAUAUAUUGUUAUACUGUACCAGGUAUAUAGGCCAAAAUGAGGUCUUUUGGUCAGGGCAACAAAAGGUGGUAUUCAUGGGGAAAAUUGGGUUAAAAUGUUCCUUUUUAAUAAAAGAAAAAAGACAAAAAAUGAGUGUAAAUCUUUACAAAUGACAAAAACA